CGGAUUUAAGGCCUCACGGAUCGAUUUUGAGAUUAAUGUAAAUCCGUUGAGUUUUUUCUAGGGGGGAGGGGUACAGGGAGCGAAUCGAGCUCAGUUCGAACAAUAUGGGUACGAAAGGUGAGUUUUCCGGAAGCGUAAAGCCGGAAAUUAACGAACCUAUUUACGUCUUGGCAAUCGAGCUAUAUGAUUGGUUAAGAUAGCAUCCGGUGAUUACGGAAAUUACCGAUGGGACUAGAAGACAGUAUCCGGAUGGUCGUAUCCGGAUAUGACAGACGACGAAGACGAAUAAACGGGUAUUGGAAAAUUGGAAAAAAACGACCACCACCAACUUCUAAAAACAUCGAUUCGUCGAUUUUAAGGGUAUAUUUGCCAUUUAUUUUUAAGAGAAAUUCCCAAAACGUUUCUUUUUAAGUAAAUAGAAAGUGAUCAAACUGAUAAUGAAUUUUGCGCAUGUAGCAUUAUUUCGGACAUCCCGAUUCGGAUUGUGUCAUAACUAUCGAUUUUUAUUUUACAAAUUUUAUUUGGCCGAUUGAAGUUUACGCUGUAAACCGUUUCUUUAUUAUUCUCAUAAUGUUUGAAGCUUUGUUCUCAAUAAGAAGUGGCUGUUGACCAUAAUGGGAGGUUCAAAUGAAAAUUGGUUUGGUUCAAAUUUAAACAAAAAAAUGAAUAAAUAUUUUGUAGUAGUAAUACAUAUUACGUAGAGGCAGUCAUUUUAUUUUCUAUUUGAGACAGUUCAACAAAACUUCUUGAGGACCCAGUUUGAGUGAGAUUUAAAUUCUAUAGUUGUGAGUGUAUUUCCAGUUAUGUUGAUGGUUACAAAAGUCAGGGAUGAACAGACACCUCAGCCAGUGCAUCCAGUUAUUCCUGUCAAUGACUGACAAUUCAAUCCAGAGGCCAUGAUACUUGGAUUUAUGGCUGAACAUGCUCCCUGGCACCACAGUAGUGUGUCUUACUUAACACACUUGCCAAAGAUACAAAAGCUCUCAGCGAAUUAAAACUUCAAAGGUGUACAGCAUCAUACAAGAUGACUUACGGAGUGGCUAGCCAUUUCAAUGAUGAACAUGUGGAGGAGUUAAUGGAUCUCGGUUUUGUUUCAACUAAGACAAGUCAACAAACACAAUGAGAAAACUGUUGCAGCUAUUUUUCUGCUAUAGAGAAAAAAAUAGUGUUGAGACAUUUGAAUCUUAAAAAUCACUAGGGCUGAUUCUGAAUCAAUUUUCAUAGAAUUUGAAAGCCUGUUUGAGAGACUUGAACUGCCGUGGGACAAUCUAGUUUGUGUUCUACUGGACUCAUGUAACACCAUGAGGGGAAAUAAUCUGGCUUAGGGACCAGAAUACGUCAAAGUCCACCAUGUCCACAACGGCUACGCUGCCAAAGCAUUUAAGUCCCGUUUGGAUAUUACUUGGAAUAAUAUAUAUAUAAUAAUUAAUAACACUAUAUUCUCAUCAAAUGUGCAGAAAAUGGAAUAAAUACUCUUUUUAUGAUACAUAAAAAUUGAAUAAUUAACACUUUUACAAUAAACAUUUGCAAGCAUGAUAAUCGAUAUGUUGUUCAUUAUUAUAAAUCAAACAUCCCACAGUGUAGACUGUUCAUACACAGGCAUUUGAUCAUAGCCAGUUGAGUUUUAUGGGAAGUGGACAACUGAACCAAAAUGUCAGGUACAUGUCUAAUGCCUGUGACUUCAGGUAAAAAAAGUAAAUUUAACUUUGUUUAAAGACAAAGGUGUUAAACUUCACUGCUAAGAUUCCUGAUAAUUGUUCUGAUUGUGGAUGUAUCGUGUUGUACAUAAUUAUAUCUACCAAACCGAAAGAUGUACUCCUUGAACACUAUUCUAAGGCAAAAAAGGGUAUUAGAAUCCCUGAAAUACGGAAAGCUUCGCCCCCCUUGUCCCCCCACCAGGGCUUUGCCCUGGACCCAUCGGGACCUUCAGCGGCCCCCUGAACCCCACGCAGACAUUUUCAGGAUUGGCAACUUGGCUCUGUUAUCAUCCCUGUCAAAGGUCAGGGUCGCCGUGACCUUGAGGUGAAGAAACAGUUACUGCUCAGUGACUAAAGAACGCUUGCACCCAGGAACUUCAUACUUGGAAAUCAGCCAAAAUCUGAUAUGAUGAAAAUGACUUCUCCAUGAAAGAUUAAUGGAGAAAAUGUUUGUGGUUCUGUACACUCAUCAGAAGCACAAGAAAGCAAAGACCUGGCAUGACGGCCUUCUCAAGCACCCGGGCUCGACCACCAAGGCUGUGUUGUAUGAUGAGAAGGGUGGCCGACUUGACAGCCUCCAUGUUCGCCUUGAGGAGGUUGGUCCUGGUGACCAGCUCGAGAGUGACCGUUACCUCAUCCUCAUUGAAGGCCUCACUGCAGAUCAAACAGGAGUAAACCCUGGUCCCAGCUCCCCUGUGGUGAGCCAGCCGGUCCCUUGUAGGAACCUGUCACAGGCCAGGUGUGCCGGACUCAAGAAGAGGAAAGGGGGUUUCAUGCCACCUAGGAUGACAAAACAGCCAUGUGUAGAUCCAAAUGUGCAGGCGGAUUGUCCAGGAACUUCCAACUCAAACCAAAUGCAACUAUCUUACGAGAAAGAAUAUGAAAAUGUACAGCAAGAGGAACGUAGAGACAGAAAGUAUUCAAAAGACUUUAACAGUGUUAGUUAUUCUGACGCAACUGACGUGAAUAUUACAAACUUUAAUACCGAUCUGGAUAGAGUCAACAAGAAUGUUUUGAAAAUGUAUACAAGGUUUGGACAGGGAUCCCAGUCUUCAGACAGUGAUAGUCAGGGAUCUGCACAAGCCCCUAUCUCCCCUUGGUCAGUGUUUGGGGCAAAAAGGGCCUCUAGCAUUACCAGUCCAUUGGUCGCUCAUGCUGCAAACAAACAUUCUGGCAGUCCUAUAACUAGUAGAGAGGAUUUUGUCAGUAUGGCAGCUUGUGAGGAAAGUCCAUUCAGGGACAAUACAAAUAAAUUGACGACCAAUGAUAAUGUGAAUGAGGAUGGACCUAGAACAGGAUAUGGCCUGUCAAGGUUUUCUGUUAACAGUAUUGAAACUUGUAAUCCACCUACUGUGAAAUCGUCAGUGAAAGAUGAAAAUGUGAAAUCUUCACCUGAUGGAUGCUUCAAAUCAGCUGGUAUAAAUUGCGAAGAGAAAAGGAAUAUGAGCCAGAUAUUGAGCUUACUAAGAAAUAAAAACAUCAAGCCUGAAGUUAAGCAUAGUGCCAAUGAGAUAAGUUCAAAGAGAUUUGUUACUCAAUCAACACAUGCACUUAAUGUUCAAGGAUCAAGCAAUAUUGCUCAUGAAAAAGAUUCAGCAGAAAAUGUUACAAGAGAUAAAGUAUCUAACAUUAACAAGACAAAAUCUGUUCAAGGAAGUGUCUUACAGUUUUCUCCACUAAUUGAAAAUGUUGAAAACAGCCUGGAAGGAAGUGUUGAAAACAGCCAGGGAGAAACAGUUAAUGGUGGAAAUAAACCUGAUGUGGAUGAUUAUACUGUUCAUAAGUUAGAAGCUGAUGUAAGUGACAAUUUGGACAACAUUGGAAAGUUUGAAGUUAGUUUCUCUCCACUGUCAAAUUUUAGUGAGAGUGACAUUGAAGACAAUCCUGAACUUAUGCAAAGUAACAAUCAUGAUGAAGAAUUGUCUGAUGCUCUGUGUGGAAAUGUUGAAGAGCAUGAUGCUGCAAGACAGCUUGGUAGUAAUGACAAGGAAUUUGAACAGAAACAACCGCAGCAAGUGACAAAAGAAAUCCCUGAUAAAGGAACUGAUCAAUCUAUAAGUCAGCAUGGAAAUGGAAUAUAUAGCAGUGUUGACAGUGAAUUUGCUUGUAACAAGGGAGAUAUACCAGAAGCAGUUGAAAAAUAUUUUGAAGAAACAGCACAAGAAUGCUUUGAGGAGAAUGUUGCAGUGAAAGAGGUGUCUAGGGAUGGAGAUGAACAGUGCAAUAUUGUUUUGGAAUUUUCUGAAGACUUAUUUGCAAGCACUUCUUCAGGAAAUAUUCAGAAUGAUGAUAAUAGAAGUGAAAUCGAAGUUUCAAAUACAAAAGAUACUGAAGGUAUAGAUCAUGACACUGAAGAUUUUAUAGAUACCAUGGACAAGGAUGAAAGCCAUGGACAGUCUGAACAGAGCUUACAAGGAUUAAUAGUUGAAAGCAGUGAAAGUACAUUUUCGUGCAAUACAACAAGCCAAGACACGAUGGAAUUCAGUUGUAACACUUACAAAAGUGACAGUCAAAAUACACCUAGUCUUCAAUUUGGAAAUUCCCAUAAAGAUCAACCAUGUGGCAUUGAUAGUCCUUACAGAGAUCGCUACAACAUUGCUGGGAAAACAUUUGAUAAUUAUGAAAAGAGCAUUGCAUCCGAGAGUGAAUCUGCCAUGACAGGUCCAGAUCUUUCUCCUGUUCCCCACCCUAGCCAGCUAUUCAGGCGGAAGCGGGGAGCACGCCUGCAGCAGAGCAUCAUGGGAAGUGUGGGCUCAACCAUGGUAUCAAGGGCAGCAACUCUGUCUGUCUCACGGGCAAUGACUGUGUCUGACACAGGGGAAGACACAAUGCUUGGGCUGGGGCCAAAAACUUUCACAAGGGAGAUGACUAUGCUUUGCACAGUGGGAUCACCAAUUCAAGGACCAGGGCAAGAAUCCCUGCUUGACAAAGAAGUAACUUGUACAAGGGAAGGAAUUAUCGAUAGCACAGCAGAAAUAGCUACUACUGUUGACAGGGAGCCUUUUCCUUUUUGCAGUGGAUCGAAUUCUCCUAGGAGUGACAUAUGGGCAAAUAGUGAAUCUCCAUUCCAGAGACCUCCUGACAAAGUGGGAAGUGAGAAGUCCUCACCACAGUUCUAUAUUGGCUGGAAUGAAGGAAAACCCUUGUGGAAUGAAAAUACAACUCUCUGUGUCAAGAAAAUGAAAGGAGAGGAGUGCCAUAUAGUUCCUGACCAGGCCCGCUCAGUGUGGAACACAGAGUCAGGCUCAUCCCAAAGCACAGAUGAGGAUAUCUACAGUGAGCUCUACCGGGCCCGUCCAAUGUACAGGAGUGUGGGUGGGGCAGGGGAGGGGCAUGAGCCACCAGGACCUAACAUGUUCGGCAGUUCCCAGCAACCACACAAUUGCUCCUCUGGAGGCCUACUUCCAGCAGUCCUUGUUCCAGGCAGUUUACAUUAUCCCAUAAAUUUUCAUGGGCAAUAUAGACCCCACCUUCCGACAAGGAACAGCCAGCUUGGUCAAACACCUUUUGUUCCAGACAAUAUAUGCUCUCCUGUUAAAUACAGGAUGGGUGUUCACAGUGAAGUGUUGAAUUCAGUUCACAGUGUUGCUGGUAACCUGGACAAUUUUGGAACUGAUGUUGUACAUAAGGAAGCAACAAUUUACUCAGGAAUGCAACUGUUCAGGAAUAGAUUCUUAGAAAAGAGCAUACAUGAUUCCAGCAUUGACAGAGUGCAACCUAGAAGUGAUGGCCCUUUCAAUCUGCCAAGUGAAAUCGACAGGCUGGAAACUAAACAGCAUUGGAAUUGGUCUCAAAGUAACCCUGAACUUGUAGAAAAUAAGAGGAACAAUUUAUCUGGUAGUGAAACAGACAAGGCUUUGAUCAAUGGAAGUAAAACAAAAGUGAACAGUAAAUUUUUAAACUCUGAAAUAUCUCAAAACCUAGAAGACAGUUUAAAGUCAUCCUCAAAAUGGCAGAAAUUUGCUCAGAGUCAAAGUAGUGAUGAAUGCGAUGUGAGUUUAUAUGAGCUGUCUCAUAAACAAAAAACAGUGAAGACUAAAAGAGAUUUCACUGUCAUAGAUAAACCAGAGGGACUGUUUAACACUAAGAUUAAAAGGGAAAUAGAUAAAUCUAUCACUGAAACUGGUAGCAGGGACAACUUUUAUAAAGGACAUCAUAAGGGAGAUUCUAAUUUUAAAGGCAAUGAUAUUGAAGAGCCUAGUGAUACUAAUGCUCAGAGUAGUAACAAAUGCUCACAGGAUACUUUUGCUUCUAUGGACUCAUUUGACAAAAUGAUUUUGGAGGAAAAUUUUGAUACAUGUGUUUCUGGUUGUGAAAGAAAACAAUCACAAAAACCAGAUGACCAAAUUGUUCCGGCCAAAGAGUUUGUCAUUCUUGAUGAUAGAAAUGCUGAGGAGGCUGAUAAAAUAUCAGAAAAUAUGGCUGAUGAUGAUAAUGAGAUUAUCACAGGCAUAACAGGUUCCUCUGGCACUUCCCAGGAGAUUGAUUGUGUAGAGAUAGAAACGCCAAUAUUUGUGCAUGAUGAAAAUGACGCAGACAAUGUAAUGGAACAAUAUAGUCUUGAAGAUAAGAACAAAAAAUCUCUAGUGAUUCAAGAGCUUUGCAAAAAUGUUGAAGAAAACACAGAAACAAUAAGUUGUGAGAUGAAACAGAGCAAUUUUGAUAUAUCAGAGGUUGACAAGGUUGAGAGUGAUGGAACACCCAGAGACAUGAAUGGCAUCAGUGGUUUUGAUAAAGAAGAGGGCAGUCAAGAUUAUAAGGGUGAAGAAGAUGUUAAUCAAGUUCUCUCUGAAGAAAAUGAACCCAGUGCACAAUCUGAAUUGCCAACAUUGAAAACUAUAAAUAGUCCAUCAAAUUGUUUCAACACAUCACUAGAUAUUUCAUUAUCUUUAGAUGAUAAUAUUCCUUUAUUUAAAAAAAAUGGCAACAUACCCAGUAAAGGUGAACAACCAACACUGAGAAUUGGCUGGAAACCACCACUAAAGCCUACAAAUGUUGUGGAAGUAAGCCAGGAGGAGACAACUGUUUCAAAUGAUAAACCAUCUAAUAAGGUCAAGCCUACAUUCAGGUGUUUACAACUCUUGCAAAAGGCUCGAUCAGAAAGGAAAGAAAACCUGCUGGAAAACCCAGCCAGUUCUAAGAGCAGUUUUCAGAGCAAUCCUGCUAGACACAAUGGUCAUACCGACAGUGAUAACGUUGUCAAUAUGUUGGACAGAACUGGAAAGAGAAGUGUAACAAAGCAUGAGAGAAACUCAGUGCCACUGCAUACGAGCAAAACUAAGGAGGGCACAAACAAGAGGUUUAAGCCGCCUCUGAUUUCAAGGCCUGGGUCUCAGGUUAUUUCCUGGACCCCUCAACUGCCCGCUGUUCAUCCUUGUAACACCCCUGGAGCUCUCACAGACCAGCAGUAUAAGACUGUGGGCAGUGUGGAACUGGAGUUUCCCGGGCGUGGUGAGGUAGAAGGAGGCCUGCAGGUCCAGAGACAGGCGGCCAUACCCCCAACAUUCCCCAGUGUGCAGGUUUACAGGCAGAUUCUCAUGAAUACAAUAACAGAAUACCUGAACACCCAGCUGUUUGAAGUAGCCAGGAGAUUCCACCAUGCCUUGUCCAAGCUGGACACAUCAGGGUACUCAAAAUCAGAACACAAAUCGUCUGCGGUUGGCCUGUCCAUCGGUAACCCGGCGUGUCAGUGUGGGGUUCCCUCCAAAUUGGUGAUGGUCAAGAAGGCUGGUUCUAACCAAGGCAGACAUUUCUACUCUUGUAGUGCAGGCAGGCAGCAACAGUGUAAGUUUUUCCAGUGGGCUGAUGAGAGCCGUAAGGGUGGUGGGGGCGGUGGUGUUGAUAGUAAACAGAGGAUCAACAGUGUUGAGGCCCUUAACCUGCAUAUGAAAAACCUCCGCAUACACUUCUAUGGCGAGUGUACGCUCAUCAAGAGGGCCAAGGAAAAAAUAAAAAAGUUCUUUAAACCACCGAAAUGGGUGCGCAGCAGAGAAAGUGAUGAAGCAUGCCAGACCAAGCAGAUGUACCUGAAGCUUCCAUACAAGGCACACUCCUCACAGUAUGCUAAAGAUGACCUAUGGGUGAUCUCCCAGCAGCUGGACUUCCCCAGGGGCACCUGUUUUUUGGCCCGGAGCAUGUGGUACGGCCCAUCCUCCUCCAUGGAAGUGGAGAUAGAGCCAGUUGUUGGAUACUCACCCUCAAACUGGCAAAAUGGAGUUGUAUGCCAUGCCAUCCUUGCUGGGAACGCAUCCUCCGAGCUGAGUUGCCUUGACAACCUGCGAGAUCACGUCCUGCCCAACUCUCCACCAAUCAUGACACAGCUUAUUCACAGACGCAGUGAAGACAUUCUAUCUCCCAAACUGGCCACAUCUACCGGGUUUCAUGCCCCUCUUCUGGUGCAGGGUGAAAGGACUUCAACCCCAAUCAUCAUGACCUCGGCUCACAUGGAGGCAUUAUCCAGUGAGUACAUAGAAAAGUAUCACCUGAAUGUUGACCAAGCGGAGGCAAUGCGGAGGGUGGCAGCCAUGUUUACACGCGGAAAGUCCGACAACGUUGACAGUGUGCUCCUCAUACAUGGAGUGUUUGGUGCGGGGAAAAGUUUCCUGCUGUCUGUGGUCAUCCUGUUCCUUAUGGAGGUGUUCUCACAGUCACCACAGCAACAGUUGCCAUGGAAACUCCUCAUCUCAUCCACAACCAACGUCGCCGUUGACAGGAUACUCAUGGGCUUACUUGAUCUUGGGUUUGAGGAUUUUGUCAGGGUUGGAAGUGUGAAGAAGAUAGCUAAACCUGUGCUACCCUACAGUGUACAUGCGGGAGGGACUGCCAGUCAGGAACUGAAGGACCUACAGGAGAUGUUAAGGAGUGGAGACCUCACCAACCAGGAGAAAAGUCAUGUACGGCAGAGCAUUGAGAAACACAGACAUGGGGAAAACAAGAAGAAGCUGGGUCGUGUCCAUGUGGUUGGUGCUACCUGUGCAUCGUGCUCUCUCAACUGUCUCAACAAUAUGACUUUUCCGCUUGUGUUGCUGGAUGAGUGCAGUCAGAUGACAGAGCCCACCUCACUACUGCCUAUAGCCAGGUUCCUGUGUCACAAACUCAUCCUUGUGGGAGAUCCAAAGCAACUGGCUCCCACUAUCCAGGGUUCGGAGAGCGCUCACACCAGCGGUCUGGAGCAGACACUGUUUGACAGGCUCAUACACAUGGGCAGCAUUCCGACCCUGUUACGGACCCAGUACCGGUGCCACCCCAAUAUUAGUGCUGUGGCCAACACCCAGUUUUAUGGGGGCAUGUUGCAGGAUGGCGUCUCACAACACUGCAGGAAACCCUUACUGGAGGUACUGCCCACCCUGUGUUACUACGAUGUCUCUCGUGGCUCUGAGUGCUGUGAGGGUGCAGGCAGCUUCUACAACGAGGCUGAAUCCCAGUAUGUGGCCUUCCUGCUACAACUGAUCCUGGGGGCUGGACUUGAGCCAGGGCAAGUGGGGGUGAUCACCUUGUACAGAGCCCAGGUGGCCCGCAUCACUGACAUUCUGGCCAGUUGUAGCUGUGCGGAUGAUGUGCGGGGUGUGCUGGUGUCGACUGUGGACGCUUUCCAGGGUGGGGAGAGAGACGUCAUAAUCCUCUCAACUGUCCGCACUAACGCCACAGGCUUCAUCGACAAUGACAAGAGGACAAAUGUAGCCCUGACGCGAGCUCGACAUCACCUCCUGAUAGUGGGUCACCAUGGCAACCUGUCAGCCAACCCACUCUGGAGCAGGGUCAUCCACCAUUGCAGAGGUUACCCAGAUGGGUUUCAAUGUGCAGACGAGGCCAGGGCCAUACUAGAACAAUACUUGGAGACACUGAAGGACAGCCCUAGAACCAGUCAAGCCUCACAUGCUACUGGGGAUUCUCAAACCAGUUUGGGAUCAGGCAAGGGAAGCAACUCAUCCAGAAGAAAGUCUGCUGCCAAAAGUGCAAGCAGUACAAGGGAGUCAACUCAGGAUGGUGUACAGAAUGGAGGAAGAAGGAGAAAAGGAAGGAAGAGAAAGUCCCAUGCGUCCAGUGUUCUGCACAAUGAUUCAGAUUCUGAAGACUUUUGUGAUAGCUAUGGAAACAGUCGGAAGGAAAACAUAGAGAACCAGGGAAGUGGGGGCCAGGGGAAUGGGAGCCAGGGGAGUGAGGGC